AUGACAAAUCUCGCCCAGUACCAUUUCCACAAGUGCACUCAACGUGCAAGCGAUCGUGGACAUUGGCACAAGUUUGGCCCAUUCUAUCUCACUGCUAUUGCCGCCCCAUUGGCCACUAUCGACAUUUUACGUCACAUCCUCGUCGAUAAUGGACUCUGGACACCACAGGCACACUGGAGUCCAGUCGCCUAUCGUCCUGGCUGCACCAGUGCCACUAUUAAAUGUCUCACCCCCACCGGGUGGUUCUUUGUCAUCUUUUGUACCUACACUGGUUACAUCCUACUCAUGAUUGGUACAGUCUGGUGUGCUGAUCUUCACACAAAGAUUCGUAAAGCUUGGAGACAACUUCGUGGUGAUCAGAGUUUUUAUGUACAAUUAGUAAAAAAGACAGACUGGUCUAGUUGUUGUUGUUAUUGUCGCUGGCAGGAGAAGAAGGAGGAGUGUCAAAAAUAUAAUUCUUUUAUAAAUCAAAAAGUAGUAGGAGUAGUAAUUCAACAACAACAACAACAACAACAACAACAACAACAACACCGUUCAAAAGUAGAUUUACAGAAUUUAGUAGUAUAA